AUGUUGCCCACACGAGAAAUUGUUACACUGACAGAGAUGCUUGUGAAUAAUUACCGUUUGGAUGGUAGAUCGCUCAGCGAAUAUCGUGAAAUUAGUUUUCGUUUCCCUCAAGGGAAGGAUCGCGAAGUCUCUGGCUGUUGUGUUGUCAAAAUAGGUGCUACGUCGGUCAUGGCUCAAGUUUCAGCAGAAGUCAUUGAACCGAAACAUUUCCGACCAUCUCAAGGAAUGUUGUUCGUGCACUUUGAUGCCAGUAUUUUAAAGUUGUGUAAAACUGUGUAUCACAAACAAAAGCGUGAUGAUGAAGGACGUCGAUUAUCAGCUGUUCUGCAGACACUUCUUCGAGAUUGUAUUGACUUAGACUCCCUCUGUAUUGUCGCAUGGGAACGCGUUUUUGCCAUACGAGUUGAAUUGCGCGCCUUAUCGUACGAUGGGAAUUUAGGAGAUUGUGGUGCAUUAGCCGCAGUCGCUGCAUUGGCUGCUUUCCGCCGACCAGAUGUAUUUGUUGAUGAUAUGGGUAAAGUAUCAGUCGAUUUUGAAGCGAAGUUCCGACCACGAGUUCCUUUGAGCGUUCGUCGUAUCCCUGUGCUAGUUACACUUGGUUUAAGUAAUGAUGCUAAAGUAGCUCUAGUCGAUCCUACUGCUCGUGAAGAAUUUAUUCUCAAUGGUGGACGUAUAAUGCUUGGCUUAACGAGUUCCUCAGAAAUAUGUUGUUUGUAUACUACUGGACUUUCUGUACCCAUUAAAUGUUCAUCUCUUUCCAAAUGCAUUCGUCUAGCUAAUACUAAAGCCAAAUGUCUUGUACCGUUGUUAAAUGAAAUCAGAGAAAUCAGCCAGUCCAUGUUAGAUGCUCCGUUGGUGUUGUCAACUGCAUCAUUUUUGUUGGAGGAAAACAAUCAAGCCAAUGCUACAGACAGAGAAGAAGGAGAAAUUUUGCCAGAAGAUAACGAAUUUAAUUUAGACUCAGACGAUGAUAUGGAUGUAGUUAGUUCUGAAGAGGAUAAACCAUCUGCGACAGCUGUACACAAUAAGCAUCAGUCUCCCAAAAAAUUUUCACCUUAUGGUGUGAUUGAAGUUUCCAGCAGUAGUAAUCGAAAUGUAGACACAGAUAUUCCUGACUCAUCUGCAAAUGACCUAUACGAACUUGAUCCUGUACAUAUGUUCCAUGCAGGUUCUCUUAUCCCAGGGGCUAUAAAUGAAUCUAAUACUGAUAUUUCCGCUGGAAUCGACGGUAGAAUUAGAUCGGCAAAUGAGGAGGAUGAAGAAGAUGAAGUCAUUGUUUUAAACCUUGUAUAGUGUUUAGGUCUUUGUCAAUUGUCUUUUGUACAAUCACGUUUAUUUUUGUGAAUAAAGUGGUCUCCUGAAUAAUCGUAUAAAUAUUACUCU